UCUUUACGUCAUGUGCCGCAUCGGUUUACGGCAACAUGGAAGCCCACUGGUCCGAGCUGUGAUUCCCUCCGCUCUGACCGCCAGACGCUUCAAAUCACACGACAUGAGGCCGGAGACCGGCGGCACGACACCGGCGGGCCGGUAACGGACGACUCGGGGAGGCGGGGAUGACGAUGAUCGUGUGUUUGCGGAGGGUCGCGACCGCGCGGUGUGCGGGCGUGUGUUGGCUCGACGCGGCGUCAUGGCGGCACGGACGCGCACCUGUCGCCGACGGCGCGAGGCUCGGCCGCUCGCCGCCGGCGACCGGCCCGUGGCUCGUGAGGCUCAGAGGGACCGACAGCCGCGGCGUCACGUGCUGGAGUGACGUCAUGCAGCCGGUGAGGCCGACGGCGUGGAACCAGACGCGCGUAGCCUCGCUGCCGCACCGGGGAGGUCACGAGAGGUCAGCGCUUAGUCUGCGGUCCGUGCUGUACCCCGGCGCUCGUGCGCUCUGCAGCGGGAAGACGAACGAGACACCGGACAGCCCCCCCGCGGCAGGGGCAGGGGCAGGGGCCGCGGACCGGACAGAGGCCGGUGCGGUGCCCGGACAGGGACUGUUCAAGUUCAAAGAGCUGUAUGAGAACCCGUGGACGAUCCCCAACCUGUUGUGUGUGUGUCGUAUUCUGCUCGCUCCACUCUUGGGUCACCUCAUCAUCCAGCAGCACUUUCACCUCAGCCUGGCUCUGUUCACACUGGCGGGAGCAACCGACCUGUUGGACGGCUACAUCGCCCGGACGUGGCCCACUCAGAAGUCGGCGUUGGGCAGCGCCCUCGACCCGCUGGCCGACAAAAUUCUCGUUAGUUUUUUAUACGUCAGUCUCACGUACGCUGGACUCAUACCAGCUCCACUGACGGCUCUAGUGAUCUUCAGAGACAUUGGUUUGAUAGCCGCUGUCUUCUGGAUCAGAUAUAAGACCGUACCUCCACCGGUUACACUUGGUAAAUUUUUUAACCCCUGCUACACCACAGCACAGCUCAAGCCUACACUUUUCAGCAAGGUGAACACAGCCAUCCAGCUCAUCCUGGUCGCAGCUUCCCUGGCUGCUCCGGUCUUCCAGUACACAGACAGUGUCGUGCUGCAGUGCAUAUGGUAUAUCACAGCGUUGACAACAGCAGCGUCGGGCUACAGCUACUGGCACUACGGCCGCAAGACCGUCAAGGUGCUGAACACCAAGUCGCCAUGAUGGCCGCACCAGGGAGACGGCCAGGAGGCAGAACAAAAGGCAGCGGACAGCCGCCGCGAGAGAGACUCUGAUCGUCCGGGGGCAAAAGUCGGCGCGACAGCUGGACGAUUGCCACGAGCACUGAGAGCAAGUAGCUUUGACAACCAUUUUACGAGUCGCCAUGGCGAUGAUGAUGAUGAUGAUGAUGAUGAUGCAUGCAAACCAACCUGGAGGCUGGAGACGGUUCAGUGCAACACACGCUACUAGAAAGGCCUAAGAGUGGACCGGCUUUGGACAAGAGACACGUGCUCAGAUAGAAACAGAAAUAUAGACCAUCCAGACACACACACACACAUACACGUCAAGAGCGUGUGAAGUCAUCUAGAGCUUCUAUUUUUUUUGUUAGUAAUUUCUUUCGAGCGGUUGUGAUGUCAUCCUAAUCAGUGUCACAUGAUUGUCAGUUUUCUUCUAAACCAAUGAUUUAUGAUUAAAAGACUGAAAAUCUCCA